GUAAUAGGCGGUGCUUCUGGUCACCGUGGUUACGCAUGCAGCUUUGGCUUCGUUAAGUUUCAAGGAUAGGCCGCGAUGGUGCGAAUCACUGAAAAUUUGAUACGGCAACGAGCAGAACAUAAUAACUGCGAAAUAUUUUCACUGGAAGAAAUUUCCUUACAUCAGCAAGAAAUAGAGAGAAUCGAAUACAUUGAUAAAUGGUGCAGAGAUCUGAGAAUAGUCUACUUGCAAAAUAAUUUGAUUCCUAAGAUAGAAAAUGUUGGAAGACUGAAAAAACUGGAAUACCUUAAUCUAGCUUUGAACAACAUUGAACGCAUAGAAAAUUUAGAAGGUUGUGAAUUUCUGCAGAAACUUGACCUAACAGUUAACUUUGUUGGGGAACUAACUAGUGUGGAGUCACUCAAACAUAAUAUUCAUCUACAGGAGCUUUAUCUGGUGGGAAACCCCUGCUGUGAUUUUGCUGGUUACAGGAAGUUUGUGAUUGCUACUCUACCACAGCUGAAGUGGUUAGAUGGAAAAGAAAUCACCCGUUCCGAACAGAUUCAGGCACUGCAGGAUUAUCCAAUAGUACGACAACGAGUUGUGGAGCAACAAGAGGUUUAUAUCCUGAAACGUACCAAGGAGAAAGAAACAGGGCAGAAGAACCUAGAAGAUAAAGAGAAUAACAAACCUGACCCUGGGCAGAAAACAGAGAAUAAGAAAAAUAACACUACUGGGGAAGGGAAUAAAGGAAAAAAGAAUACAGAUGAAGAUGAAAUGAACAAGAAAUUUUGGGAGGAACCUACAGAGUACACUCCAGAAUCUAGAUUGGAGGUCCACAGACACAUUGAGAAGAUGCGGAAAUUGAAAGACAAGGACAAAAAUCAAGGUAAACAAAAGCCACAGCGAAUACUCAUCACCUCUGAGGGACGAGUCCUGAAUGUUAAUGAACCUAAGAUUGAUUUCAAAUUGACUGAUGAUGAAGAAAAUAAUCAGUUCAUCUUGGAUCUUGCUGUAUACAGACAUAUGGACACAUCUCUACUUGAUAUCGAUGUUCAACCUACAUAUGUCUGUGUAAUGGUGAAAGGAAAGGUGUUUCAACUGGUGCUUCCAGAAGAAGUAAAACCUGACAGCAGUUCUGCCAAGAGAUCCCAAACCACAGGACAUCUGCUUGUCACAAUGCCCAAGGUGCAAGCGGUGGUUAAGCCAAAACCUAAGAGCACAUCUAGAACUCAAUCUGCAACCUGCCCAAAGUCACAUACCCAUGUAACAAGAACAGCUGAACACAGUGAGAAGUUAGAAGUAGAUCCAAGCAAGCACCAGUGUGUUGAUUUGACCAACAUAGUGACAGAGCGGAAAUCAAUUGCUCAAGGUCCCAUCAAAUUCCAUCAACCGAAGUUACCAGAAAGAAACAGUGAUGACUUCCAGGACAAUCCUGAAGUUCCACCAUUAGUUGAUUAAAAAUAGUUUUGAAUCAGGAUAAUAUGAUAUAUUGUAAUUCCUCUACACAAUUCAUCUGUAAACUUAACUAAAUUAUAAAAACUGUAUUAUGUUUAAGCAGUAAUGACCAUAAAUGUAUCCAUUACUAGAACUGUCUGGCUGUGUUGUUGUUUACUAUCAAUUGACAAAUGCCAUCCUGUAUUGCUUAGAGAGAAACAAAUUGAGUUUAUUUUCUGGAUAUAUAAAAUGCAACUAGCAAACAAAAUUAUAACAAUUAUUUGUAAUAGGAGCUGGAGUAAACCAUUCAGCCAUCAAGGCUUCUCUGCCAUUCAAUAAACUUGUGACCAAUCUGA